GUGCACAUGACGAUGACAUUUAGGCCGCAAAAUUAGAACAUGGUUUUACAAUGAUUGUUAACGUUGUUUCGCAAUGGAAUCCGUCGUGGGUAGAAGUGAAUUUACUGAUAAACUACAAAGCGCGGGUGACAAAUUGGUUAUUGCGGAUUUCUAUGCCGAUUGGUGUGCCCCCUGCAAGAUGGUCGGACCUAAAUUUGCAGAGCUUAUAAAGAACUUUCCAGACGUAGUGAUACUGACAAUAAACCUGGACGAUAAUGAGGAGCUAGGCCAGGAUUAUGGCAUCGAGUCAAUGCCGACGUUCGUCUUGCUCAAACACAGCGAGGUUGUCGCUACCUACGUUGGUACCAAUAUGGAUAAAUUAAAGAAGGUUAUUGAACAGCAACUGAACCCAUUAUAAAGUAGCCUUGCAUCGUAUGAUACAACAUAUUGUGUAUUAUUGUUCCAAAAUGAAUGAAACAAAGUUAACUUUUUGUUGUAUUUCUUUACUGAAACACUACAUCGUAUUAGACAAAGCAUUCGUGGGAGGUCGAACAAUGCAGCAGCCUUGAGAGUGCAUCGAUUUUGCCUACAACUUCCUUAUGAC